AUGAAACUGGAAGAUUUUCACAAGCGCAGUAGUGCAGCCAUUGUGAAUGGUGAUUGCGUGAUGACUGAUCUUGAACGGCAUCUCUGUAAAAUGUUCAAAGUCAUUGAAAUAGUUGGUAAGAGGGGCAGAACUGUUCCUGUUCUUCUUGGUACUGAUGUGAAGGCGUGGUUGAAGGCUCUGGUCGCAAAUAGAAAUGCAGCUGGAGUGGCACAAGACAAUAUGUUCUUAUUCGCACGAAGUUGUUACGGAGGCUCAGGUCAUAUACGAGGAAGCGACUGUCUACGAGCAUAUGCAAAUGAGGCGGGCCUUGAGAAUGCUGGUAGCAUGCGGUCUACAAAGCUUCGUAAACAUGUAGCGACUGUUUCACAAAUUCCGGCCUUGAAUGAACAUCAGCUUGAAACACUUGCAGACUUCAUGGGUCAUGAUUUGCUGGUCCAUCGUGAGUACUACCAGUUGCCAGACACUGUCCAGAGGGUUACCAACCUAUCUAGACUUUUCCUCAGCUUGGAGAGAGUCAACUUGGUUUCGCAACAUGGCAAAUCUUUGGAGGAGUUGCAUGUUACUGGAGGUAAACAAACCCGUUUUUAA